AUGAGCAGUACAAGGCCAGAGCUCAAGUUCUCAGACACUGCGGAUGAGAGAAGCUUCUAUAGGAAGUUUCAGAAGCUGGAGCCGAAACAGGAGAACACGAUCCGUAUUGUGGAUAAGGGUGAUUACUACUCGGUCUUUGCCGAGGACGCGAGAUUUGUUGCUGAGUUGAUCUAUAGGACAACCAGUGUCAUUAAAGAGGCACAAGGCGUGGAGUACGUCACUGUAUCGCCAGCUGUACUUUCAAACUUGUUGCAACAGUGUCUGUUUGAAAAGGGCCUCAAGAUUGAAUUCUACGAUAAGGCUUGGAACCUCAUCAAGUUUGCAUCGCCAGGUAAUAUUGAAGCAGUUGAGGACUUGUUCAACUCUUCUGAAGUCGAGAGCGCACUAGUCGUUGUAUCGUUGAAAGUGUCCAACAAAGCUGACGGUAAGACAAUCGGGUUCUGCUUCGUCGACACGAACGCUAAGGAAAUCAGUGUCUCGGAGUUCUUGGACAACGAUUUGUAUUCAAAUCUGGAGAGUUUCUUAAUCCAGAUUGAUGCAAAGGAGGUUAUCAUCCAACAACCGAAUUCAAUUGAAGAUCCCGAUUUCGUUAAGCUGGCUGGGUUAAUUGAAAGAUGUGGUCCAAGAAUUACACAGGUGAAGCCGUCUGACUUCAACACCAAUGACGUCGAACAGGACUUGACGAGACUUGUAGGCGACGAUCUUGCACUGUCUGUUGGAGAAGAGGCAAAAAGCAUCAUUGGAUUGGGUGCAGCAGCGGCCAUAAUUAGGUAUUUGGGGCUCCUUACUGAUGACUCUAACUUUGGUGCCUUCAAGCUGAAACCUCACGCACUUAACCAAUUCAUGAAAUUAGAUUCGUCAGCAGUGAAGUCUUUGAAUCUCCUGCCAGCCAGUAAAACAAACAACAGUGGGAAGAACUCUAGUGUCUUUGAUCUCCUUAACCAUUGUAAAAGUGUCGGUGGUGUUAGAUUGUUACACCAAUGGAUUAAACAGCCACUUGUGGAUGUCGAUGACAUUACAGCACGUCAUCAAUUGGUUGAAUUGUUGAUAGAGGAUACUGAGAUGAGAUCAACUUUACAAUCUGAUCUGUUGCCUUCGAUCCCAGAUAUCAGAAGGCUGAACAAGAAGCUUGCCAAGUCUAAACAUGCAAAUCUGGAAGACGUUGUAAGAAUCUAUCAGUUCUUGAUUAAAGUGGCAGAUAUCAUAGAUUUAUUGGAGUCAAAGCAAAAUAGUAUUACUGAUGAGGAGCUACAGAUCCUGGUUGAUGUAACAUGGACAACGGAGAUUAAGAGAUGUUAUGAACCACUGAUGAAACUUCAAGAAAUGGUGGAAACCACUGUUGACUUGGACAGCUUGGAGCGUCAUGAGUUUGUCAUUAAGCCAGAUUAUGACGAGCAGCUCUUGGAGUACAGACAAAGGUUGGACAACAUUGAAGAUGAAAUCAGAUCAAUUCACCAAGAAGUUGCUCAAGAACUUGGCCUGGACCCUGAUAAGAAGCUGAAACUUGAACUGCACCCAAACCACGGUUGGUGUAUGAGACUUACCCGUACCGAGGAACGUUCCAUUAGAGGUAAGCCUGAGUUUAUCGAAUUACAAACAGUCAAGGCUGGUGUAUUCUUCACCACUGAGACUAUGCGAGAGAUUAGUGCAGAGAGUAUUGACAUUCAACAUAAGUAUGCUCGUCAACAAUCGUCUCUGGUGAAGGAAAUUGUCUCCAUCACUGUGACUUAUGCCCCAGUUUUGGAAAGUCUGUCAUUGGUGUUAGCAAACCUGGAUGUUAUUGUAUCUUUUGCACAUGUAUCUGCCUAUGCACCUGUUGCUUAUGUUCGUCCAAAAAUGCAUGGUCUCAAUUCUAACGUUGGACGUACAAUUCUGAAGGAGGCUAGACACCCAUGUGUUGAAAUGCAAGAUGAAGUUACAUUCAUUGCUAAUGAUUAUGAGUUAAUCAAGUCUGAAACAGAAUUCUUGAUUAUAACAGGUCCAAAUAUGGGUGGUAAAUCGACGUACAUUCGUCAGCUUGGAGUUAUUUCUCUUAUGGCACAGAUAGGGUGUUUCGUUCCAGCUAGCGAGGCAGAGUUAUGUGUUAUUGAUGCUAUACUUGCAAGAAUCGGUGCCGGUGACUCCCAAUUGAAAGGUGUAUCAACAUUUAUGGUUGAAAUGCUCGAAACUGCAUCGAUCUUGAAAACAGCUACAACGAACUCAUUGAUCAUUAUUGACGAGCUUGGAAGAGGUACAAGUACUUAUGAUGGGUUUGGACUUGCGUGGGCCAUCUCUGAGCAUAUCUCUCAGAACUUGCACUGCUUUACGCUGUUCGCAACACAUUUCCAUGAACUUACCAGGCUUUCAGAGACUGUUCCAACAGUUAAGAACUUACAUGUUGUAGCCCACGUUGGUGAGUCCCACAACACAGAAGAUAUCACACUUUUGUACAAAGUGGAACCUGGUAUUUCCGAUCAAUCUUUCGGUAUUCAUGUUGCUGAAGUUGUCAAAUUUCCCCAUAAAAUCAUUUCUAUGGCCAAAAGGAAAGCGUCCGAGUUAGAGGGUGAAAAUGACAACAAGGACGAUCCAUAUGUCAGUGAUAAGAGGACCAAGUGCACCAGUAAAGAGAUAGAGGAAGGUUCCAAACUCCUAAGGAAGAUACUAAAACAAUGGAGAGCAACAGUUGAU